AUGACUGCAAGCAGUGUUACCAGCUCUGCACCUAUAUGUGUGGCUUCAACUCAACGAGGUGAUGAGGCGGGUGAUGCAUCUCUAGACAGCCAUAGUCAGCGUACUCCGAGCACCGCAUGUUGCACCGAUGAAAGCGCUUCCGACACAAAUUAUGUCAAAAGCGUAGAAUGGACCCCCGAUGGCACCACCCUGCUAACGAAUUCUGCAGAUCAUCAUAUAAGGACUUAUAUCUUGUUAGUUUAUGUUAUAAUCCUCACUUCUUGCCGUGCUAAUAACUCGCUCAGGCCCCCUGAUCUUUUAGAAGAAAGACCAUCACCGCAUCCGUUGUCUCCUUACUCUGUGCUACCUUCAGCAGAGCCAACCUAUGCAACUGCUAUUUAUCCUUACUAUUCUCUCCAGGAUCCAUCUACUACACUUUUCUUAUCAUCGGUCCGAGAUCAUCCAAUCAGACUGGCUUCGACUCUUUCCCCAACCUUGUUGGCGACUUAUUCCUUGGUACACCCAACUACGGAAGCGUUUAUAACGCCGCAUUCAAUUAUCUAUCCGCACGCCCUCGGUGGAACACAUUUUAUCACUGGGUCAGAUAGCCUUAUAUGUCUUUUUGACGUUUCCCGACCUGGUAACGAUGGACCUGUUUCUUGGAUGCCUACUAUACCCAGUAAGCGUAAACAGACAGUGGGUGGGGGCGUUGGAAUGAAGGGUAUCAUUUCUGCUAUGGCUAUCAAUUCGACAGGAGAUGGUAUAUUAGCAGCUGGCACAUUCUCAAGACAGGUGGGACUAUAUGACUCAAACGGAACCGGGCAGUCCUUAGGCACGUUUAGCAUUGCAAAGACCGACGCUAGUCGUCGUAUUGGGGGUCGAGGUAUUACUCAGCUGCUUUGGAGUCCUUGUGGACGAUAUCUAUACAUCGCUGAACGAAAGAGUGACGGCGUUAUGAUAUACGACAUCCGAGUAACCGGUCAAUUACUUGGCUGGUUAGAAGGCCGCAAGGCUAUCACUAACCAACGGAUGAAGGUUGACAUUGUCUCUACCAAUCAAGGUACAUCGCAUGAGAUCUGGGCUGGAGGAACUGACGGUUUCAUGAGGGUAUGGCGUGACCCGACACAUACUGCUGGAGGACAGGAACCAGAAUGGGAAUGGAAGAUCCAUGAUGACUCGGUGAGCAGUACUGUACUACAUCCAAUGGGCAAUGUUGUUGCUACGUGCUCCGGGCAAAGACACUAUUUAGACGACGAAGACUCGUCUUCUGCAGGACAGCUUGAUAAUAGCGUGAAACAGCUAUUGCACCUGGAUCAACCGCACACUUCAAACCCUGCCUUGAACGCUGACCUUGGCUAUAAUGGCUUUCUCACGAGCAAUGACACCGGAGCUCAUAGCAUGCCUACGAGAAGUCGCUCGACCGCUAUGAUGCCGAUGACUGGUAUGCAUGCUGGGAACAGGAUCUCGCGUACUGGUGGUGGUGCAGAGCAUUAUGACAGGCAGUGCAAGCUACGACAGUUCUAA